AAUAUCUUUUAGUAAAAAGUUUAUAUUCAAAUUAUAAUGGGAAAAGGGGAUCACUGUGCUGUUUAUGGCUGUGAUAACGAUAGAAGAUAUCCUGAAAAAUAUAUCGUUUCCGAUCACGUUGGUAUUCUUCGCUUUUUUUCUCCGAAAAACGCGAAAGACAAGAGUGCUUGGCAAAAGCUGAUCAACAGGAAAAACUUCAAAGUCACUACGAAUACGAAGGUUUGUUCUAAUCAUUUUCUUGCUGGUUAUCGUUCCGAGGGCUGUCCCAAUCCAACUUUGUAUCUAAAAGGAUACCAAUCAAAAGAAACCAGUAAACGACUACCGCCGAAAGAUAGAAGCAAAUCAAAUAUUCCGAAAAGAAAGAGACGAAAAAUUCUGUGUGAAGGCAGUACUGAGAAAAGCUUUGAGCAUCAGGAUAAGGCUUUUUUUGCUGCUGAAAUCACUGCUCCUGAGCAGUGUACUGAGCCAGAGUCUGUGCACGAAGACAGUCCACAUAUAAAUUGUACAACAGACUUGGAUGUUACACGUUAUGAUUAUGAUGAUAGCUACAGCUUUGAAAGUGAUAAACAUGACCUCAUUGACUGUUUUUGCCAGGGCAAUGUUAAAACGUUGAAAAGAAAUUUAUUUAUUGAACAAGCUAUUUGCCAGAAGAAUUGCUACCGCUACACUGGAUUGUCACUAGAAAAGUUGAACUUAGUUUUCAGUUUGAUUAAAGAGAAAGCAAAGAGUCUAAGGUAUUGGAGAGGUUCUACUGAUACAGCCACUGCCCAGUCUAUUAAAAGAGGGCAUGUCUCAAGAGUAUUGACACAUUGGGAAGAAUUCAUUCUUACUCUUGUCAGGACACAAAAAGGAUUUGAUGUCAUGUUUUUGGCUGAUACAUUUUCUGUUUCAGCUAGUCAUGUUUCCCGGAUUUAUACAACUUGGGUUAAAUUCCUGCCUAACGAGCUUUCAUUCCUUGUGCCUUGGCCAAGUAAGUCUGAAAUCAAAGAGAAACUACCUAAGCGAUUUCAGAAAUUUAAAAACUUAAGGAUAAUUAUUGAUUGCACAGAAUUUUUUAUACAAAAACCUAAGAUACCUGGGAGCCAGAAAAUCUCAUGGAGCAGCUAUAAGCAUUGGAACACUGCUAAACUAUUAGUUGGCAUUACCCCUACUGGUAUUUUUUCCUUCAUCCCACCCCUUUGGACUGGUUCAAUAUCUGACAAGGAAAUUGUCACCAACUCUGGUCUCAUAAACUUGCUAGAAAAAGGUGAUGGUGUCAUGGCUGAUAAGGGAUUCCUUGUUAGAGAUCUACUUGUGGUUAAGAAAGUUCACCUUAUUUCUCCUGCCUAUUGUCGUGGACCAAUACUUUCCUCUCGUUGAACAACUCAUACUCGGCGUGUGGCAUCAUUAAGAUCUCAUGUCGAAAGGAAUAUAUUGAAACUAAAGCAAUUUCAGAUUUUGUCAGGAGUUAUUCCAUUAACAUUAAAACCAGUUUUGGACAACAUUUUGUUUAUGUGUGCCGCUUUAUGUAAUUUAGGAAAGCGUGGUAUAAUGUAAUCCUUACAUAAUCUAAAAUAAAUUAUACUUAAUAUUUUUAUUUUGAAAAACUGUUAUUUGUAAAUAUAAAAUUUUAUCAUUGUACAUAUUUCAAUAAAAGACUACUAAUAAUAUAAUUCUUAUAGAAAAGAAACACAGUUUUAAAUACAUCACUCCAGAAGUCAGCAUCAAA